GUCUCUUUCUCAUCAUUCUGCUUUGUAUCGGUUGCUGCUGUUGCUGCUGCUUCUCUCUGUCUCCCUUUUCAGUAAAUGUAUUUUGUCUUGUUUUUUAUUUAAGUUUUAUUUAUUACUAUUCUUAUUGCUGGUUAAUUUAAUCAUUGGAAACAACAUUGUCUUCUCUUGUCAAUCCUGUUUAAUUGACUUGUCUGGCAUACUGAUCCAUUUAGAAGUUAUCAAUUCAUUGUGAUUUGCCUACAUCUAUAUUUCAUCUUUUUUUCUACAUCUUCUGGUAAUGUUUGCUACAACUCUGAAAGAUAACAGCGGAUCGUCAAGAGGCACAUCAUCUAGCUUCUUUCAUUACUCCAGAUGAGGAUACCAUGAUGUGUCGAUGGUUUGUUAUUAAACCAAUGUAUCCAGUUCCAUUGACUGAAUGUGAAGCUUACACAUGGUAAUGGAGGGAUAGGUAUAUUAGCAGAAUAAAAUAAGAAAAGAAAGACCGGAUAACCAGAGGAAGCAAACAAAAAACCAUUCAAUAUAUUAUUAUAUACACAUACACAAUCAUUCAUCUCUAUAUAAACAUCGCUAUAAUUUUCUAUUUUUAUUAUUAUUAUUGUAAUACUCUGAUGAAAUGAGGGACUAAAGGAUGCUGUUUUGAUUGUUGGAGCCGUAUGAGUCACUCUGGUAAGCAAUCAAAAAAGAAAAUGGUUGUUGGUAAAACAAUGGCAAAUUGUAGGAAAACAGGAGACAAGGGACAGUCGGACACUUGCUCAACUUAUGUAACUCAACAAAUCUCCCAUAAAAAUUCUAAUUACUCCUCCAUUGGUUUAACUGCCACAGAGCUUUGUGAGUUUGAUGAUCUAGCCAUAACCCUUAUUAUUGAUCCCUAUCUUGGCUUCUGUACCCACAAAAUGAACACAAGGUUUAAACCACCUAAAGUAUCCAAAGAUUUUCUCAGACAAUUGGUGCAUGGAUUCAAGAAGCACCAAAACUAUGAGGCUGCUUUUGAUAAGCUGGUCUCUGGAGAUUGGGCCCACACUUUAUACCAUACUCGCAACGAGAGACAUAAAAGAUUAUUCAAAGAGCAUAUUUUCAGAUUUUUACGGAUUUUUGAUAAAAAUUCAGGUUUUGAUAUAAAACCAUGCUACAGGUAUUCUGCCGAAGGAAAUGUUGGAGCUAAACUAGUAGCUACCCAGAAAUGGUUUAAGAAUGAAAAAAUUGAAAUGCUCGUGGGUUGUAUAGCUGAACUCACCGAGAAAGAAGAAGAGGAAAUGUUGAAACCUGGGAUAAAUGAUUUUUCAGUUAUGUACUCUUGUCGUAAAAAUUGUGCUCAACUCUGGCUUGGACCAGGUGCAUUUAUAAAUCAUGAUUGUCGGGCUAAUUGUAAAUUUGUAUCAACUGGCCGAGAUACCGCAUGUAUCAAGGUACUAAGGAAUAUAGACAUCGGAGAAGAGAUAACCUGCUUUUAUGGAGAAGACUUUUUUGGAGACAAUAACUGUUACUGUGAAUGCGAAACAUGCGAAAGGCGGAAAACAGGCGCCUUUUCCCAAAGAAAAUCCGAAAACCAAGAAGAUAUUAACCCUCAAUGUUCUCAAAAAAUCUACAGUUUCAGAGAGACUGACAAUAGACUGAAUCGGAUGAAACAACAAGCUAAGAAAAAAGAAAGUGAAGAGACAACCAAAAGAAGAGGGGUGAUAGGAAUAGAAGGUGGAAUAAAAGACAACACUAACAGGAGUACGAAUGUCAAAUCAAAAGCUGGUGGUAAUAGUAGUAAUAGCAGUAGUAAUAGAAAUGGUUUAGUCAGAACUAAACCAGUUACUCAAAAUAAUUGUAAAACUUCUAUUGUCGAUCAAAUGGGCGAAGAAAGUUUAGAUGAUAGAACAAUGUUUACAACUAGAAGUGGAAGAGUUAAAAGACACCUUAGCACUGAAACUAGACAAGUCAAGUGUGAGCCCGGAGUAUUAAAAGGAGUCGACCAACCUCAUAAAAAUGAAAUUUUAAAAAAUGAGCUUAAACUGGAUAAAAAGGCUGUUGAUUCGGACUCUUCAGACAAUAAAAUGGAUCAUAAAAAUAGCUUUAACAUCGCUCAAGUUUCUACCGAAUUAAAAUCAUGUGAUAAACCAGGUGACAUUGCUAGCUUGAAAAGUGAAUUAAAUCAACUAAACUUAUCUGAUUUCAAGGAAUCCUGUGAAGAUAAAGAUAAGUUUUUAACAAGACCACCUUUACGCCGAUCAACUCGAUUAUCAAGUAGCAAUUCUAAUCCCGAAUCAAUUGAAUCUCAUCACAUACCACAGCCUAUACUUCCUAGCCCACCAUCUUUAACCUCCGAUAAAAACUUGUCAAAUAAAGUUCCAAUUCAUGACUAUAGCCAAAGAAAUGAUUCAACCAACGAAUGUGUAAACCAUGAAAGUCCCGACUUAAAAAACAGACAGAAGCUUACAUUGACCAUCAGACUUCGACGCAAAACAAACAGUAAUAGUGGUAAUUCAACAUUAGACGAUCGCUCUAACAUAUCUGGAGCUAGCGAUACUCAAAUUAACAAUAGCUGGGAAAGAAUAACUUAUGAAGUUUUACCUGCCUUUUCAAGAGAUUGUGGCGAUUCUUUUUCGCCAGUUAAGAGCCCGAUAAAAAACCGUCGACGGGAAAAUCGUAAAAAGACAAGGAAAAAGAAACGGAAAAAGAAUUCCCGAUCAUCUGAUGUUGACCCUGAUAGACUGGAAGAGAAUAAUAAUUCAUUCGAUACCAAUAAUAAUUCGCUUGAGGAUGAAAGUCGAUUGGAGUGUAAAAACAAUGACCUCAAUAGUAAUAAUCUAAACAAUAAUUAUAACGACAUGAACUCCUAUUUAUCUAGUGAUCAGGCUGCUGUUAACAAAAGGAAAAUAACCACUCGGAGUUGCCGUGAUUCGGUGGUUGUUGAAGAUGUCGGAGUUAAACGACUUAAACUUCGCUUAGGUGCUGAAAUAAGAUGUAUAGAAUUACCUAAAACAUCAUCAUCCAAAGUCUCAUAGUAAUUAACAGUUUGUUUAAUUAUGUAUCUCUAUUGUAAAUAUCUAUUAUAUUUAUAUUUAUAUUUGAACGAUGGAUAAAAAAAUCUGUUCCCAUCGAUCAUCUAUCCCUCUUAAAUCAACUUUUCAUUUCUUCUUUUGCAUGUUUUCUCAAUCAACUCUAAUUAUCUCAAUUCUUUCUUACGUUAAUUGUGAAUCCCUUCUUUUGUCCUCUUUUCUUUUGAAUACUAAACAUAAAUGAAACAUAGAUUGUCUAAAUUGUCUCACCAAUAUACCAAGUUACAUGGUAAUAGUUGUACAAACAGUUGGCUUACAUUGAAUCAACUCCAAUUUAAAAUAAUAUAACAUUAAUAUUGUAAGUAUAAUUUCAACGGAUAUCAAAGGAAAUUAGCUAACAAAUUAAUAGCCUAACAAAUUAUAUAUUUUCGUGUUAA